AUGGGUGCUAGGACUCCCUGGGGUCCAAUCCCUCUGUGUUUAAUCUUCUGUCAUCUCUGUCCCACCUGGCUCAACAGGGAGGUGCAGAAGGCUGAAGAGAGCAAAGUCCCUGAGGACUCACUGGAGGAAUGUGCCAUCACUUGUUCAAAUAGCCACGGCCCUUGUGACUCCAACCAGCCUCACAAGAACAUCAAAAUCACAUUUGAGGAAGACGAAGUCAACUCACCUCUGGUUGUAGACAGAGAAUCCUCUCAUGGUGAAUGUCAGGAUGCUCUAAACAUUCUCCCAGAAUAUGAAGAGUGCGAAGACCUCAUAAAAUCUAUGCUGAGGAAUGAGCGACGACAGUUCAAGGAGGAGAAGCUUGCGGAGCAGCUCAAGCAAGCUGAGGAGCUCAGGCAAUAUAAAGUCCUGGCUCACUCUCAGGAACGAGAGCUGACCCAGUUAAAGGAGAAGUUACGGGAAGGGAGAGAUGCCGCCCGCUCAUUGAAUGAGCAUCUCCAGGCCCUCCUCACUCCGGAUGAGCCGGACAAGUCCCAGGGGCAGGACCUCCAAGAACAGCUGGCUGAGGGGUGUAGACUGGCACAGCAACUUGUCCAAAAGCUCAGCCCAGAAAAUGACGAAGAUGUUCAAGUUGAGGAGGCUGAGAAAGUGCAGAAAUCAUCUCCCCCCAGGACUCCCUGGGGUCCAAUCCCUCUGUGUUUAAUCUUCUGUCAUCUCUGUCCCACCUGGCUCAACAGGGAGGUGCAGAAGGCUGAAGAGAGCAAAGUCCCUGAGGACUCACUGGAGGAAUGUGCCAUCACUUGUUCAAAUAGCCACGGCCCUUGUGACUCCAACCAGCCUCACAAGAACAUCAAAAUCACAUUUGAGGAAGACGAAGUCAACUCACCUCUGGUUGUAGACAGAGAAUCCUCUCAUGGUGAAUGUCAGGAUGCUCUAAACAUUCUCCCAGAAUAUGAAGAGUGCGAAGACCUCAUAAAAUCUAUGCUGAGGAAUGAGCGACGACAGUUCAAGGAGGAGAAGCUUGCGGAGCAGCUCAAGCAAGCUGAGGAGCUCAGGCAAUAUAAAGUCCUGGCUCACUCUCAGGAACGAGAGCUGACCCAGUUAAAGGAGAAGUUACGGGAAGGGAGAGAUGCCGCCCGCUCAUUGAAUGAGCAUCUCCAGGCCCUCCUCACUCCGGAUGAGCCGGACAAGUCCCAGGGGCAGGACCUCCAAGAACAGCUGGCUGAGGGGUGUAGACUGGCACAGCAAUUUGUCCAAAAGCUCAGCCCAGAAAAUGACGAAGAUGUUCAAGUUGAGGAGGCUGAGAAAGUGCAGAAAUCAUCUCCCCCCAGGUAACACUGAAUACUCAGGAGCAAGUAAUGGGUGGUAACACAUGAAAAUGUCUAGGAGGCACACCCUCUCUGGCAUCUAUGGUGGGCCAAAAGCCCGCAUCCCCUUGGCCACAGUAUGUGAAAUUGAACCCAGCUUAGACACAGGGUGCGGCAGCUGUCGUGUUUCUCUAUG